GAAUCUUUUGCCAUACCACAUCAGUCAGACCUAUACGCCCCUCACCUCUUUGCUAUUCAUACCCUCCUGUACACAUAACCUAAUUGACAGAGCCUUAAAUUUGUCAAUUGUAAAAUCUUUGGCAGUUUGACUUGGGUCUUUGUAUCUAGUGUCUGUACGCCGCACCGAGUACGACAUGGCCAUGAACAUGAGCGUGCACGAUAUCCCGGGAUCUCAAGUACAUGAAGAUGGAGGAUAUAUGAGCUACUGGGAGCUCUCCGAGCACGCUGUGAUAAUUUAUUGGCAUAUUGGACUUGCGCUUUUGGCCUGGGCUGGGGUCUUACCCGUUGCUGUAAUGCUAAGCAUUUCUCACUCACGAUUCGCACUACCUUCUCAAUUUGUGUUUCUAGCGGUAAAUGGGCUUGCCCUCUCCAUCAGUCAUCUAUACAACAAAAGAACACCAAACUUAUACGAUAAUAAUGUGCACGGCCGAAUAGGCUGGAUCAUUACAUGCACAGCGAUGAGUUGGAUUUUCAUAGCCCUCAUCCAGGCUUAUGUGGGGCGAAGCGCAGCUCCGGGUUACAAAUCGGUUCAGUCAAUGAUUACUGGAAGCUCAACCGAAUAUCAUCAAGUUGAAGACGGAGAGUCUUCGGAUGCAUUGAGAUGGUCGGAUGACCACGGCCAGAGUCCAACGCUCCUUUCACGGUCACUGGACGGCUACCCCGUCUCAUCCAGCAUGGGCUCAGUGGGUCGACACUUAUCACGGCUUGAUAUGAUGCAAACACAGGACGCCCCGCGCGGUUCUUUCGUUACCCGAUCUUUUUCCCGCUGCGUCGCAUGCUUUGCUCGGAUCUUCUCGGCAAGGUCCUUACGCCUCUUCUACGUACUUAUCGAGCGCACAGUACUGGUACAGGGCUUCGUGGCUGUUAUGUCAGGCACAAUUGUCUAUGGAGGUAUUGGUCGCGAUAUUGGAAUUUUCAAUGUGCUAGCACACUACAUCAAAGGCAGCAUCUUCUUUUUCUACGGCCUACUCACUCUUGGUCGAUGGAUGGGUGCAUUUGCUGACUAUGGAUGGGCUUGGAACGCAAAACUAAAAAAAGAGGUACACAGUUGUCAGACAAGAGCGGUUCCAAGUGCUGAGUUUACAGAGUCUUUCGUCAUGUGGCUGUAUGGUGUUACCAAUGUGUUCUUAGAGCAUCUGGCCGCUUGGGGCAAAGCAUGGACGGCACAAGAUUUAGAGCACGUCUCAAUCUCUAUUUUGUUCUUUGGAGGUGGAUUGUUAGGCAUGAUUGUGGAGUCUAACACAAUACGGGAAAUACUCAGCAACUCUGUUCUUUCUUCCCAAGCCUUACAGGACUUGAAAGGAAUAUCGGAUCAACCUCAUCAGUACGGUUUCUCUAUGAACCCGGUGCCUAGUCUUGUCAUCUUUCUUUUGGGCAAGAUGAUGAGUUCCCACCACCAAGGCUCGAUCUUGUCUACCGCAAUCCACACCCAGUGGGGAAGCAUGCUAAUAGGCUUUGCACUUGCGCGUUAUCUCACGUAUAUCAUCAUGUACAUCGUUACCCCCACCUCUUUUCUACCAUCUCGCCCGCCAACUGAGGUAAUUGCCUCUUUUUGUCUUAUUGCCGGUGGCCUUUCAUUUAUUAUCAGUAAUCGGGACACCGUUACAGCUCUAGAGUCUUACGAUCUUGAUGCUAUGUUCACCUUUACUAUAAUUACGGGUAUUACGGCUCUGAUCAUGGCCUGGACUGUGAUUACUUUCAUGAUCAAAAGCUGGGCCCUCCAGAAGGAAAGAAUCAGUCGGUACGGGGAAAGCCACGCUAGUCCAUUGGAUUAGAUAACUCCCCGGAUCCUCUCCAUAGAGCCAUGGCUGAGGUGUUCUGUAUCGCUGCAAAUAGCGAAAAAAUCAUCCUUGGGGAUCAAGCGGGUUCAUGUCCAUAGAGGGAAAUUUUAAGUCGUGCCCAGCACUAUCCGAAAGAAACUAAUUCUA